UCACCCCACAAUCGGGGAAUAUGGGCUUCUACUUGUUGUCCUCUUAUUUUGGUUUCAUUAACCAAAGUUUGUGUUUUUUUUCAAGGUGCUCUUUUUGCUUUCGAGCGUCUGUCACUCGCGCUUGGUCGAAUUUUCGAGCCAUACGUCGUGAAACUUAUUCCCCAACUCUUGAACUGUUUUGGGGACUCAAAUCUGGGCGUACGCGAAGCGGCCUCAGUGACGAGUCAGGCGGUGAUGAGCAAAUUGAGCGCACAUGGAAUAAAACUGAUUCUUCCAAUUCUGCUUAAAGUGAUUGAUGAAGACAGCCCCUGGCGAACAAAGUGUCAGGCCGUUGAGGUGUUGGCCACAAUGACAAGCUGCGCGCCAAAGCAGCUCUCCUCGUGUCUUCCACAGAUCGUUCCACGUAUUCUUAACGUUCUCAUCGAUUCUCAAGAGGGUGUGAAGAAAGCUGGGGCUAACGCCCUCGAACACAUUGGAACUGUAAUACGCAAUCCCGAAAUUCAGGCCUUAGUCCCUUGUCUGAUCAAGAGCUUACAAGACCCACUGGCCGACAAGAUGACCUGUCUGCUAACCCUUCGGGACACCUGCUUCACCCACAUUGUCGACGCAGCUAGCUUGGCUCUAAUCAUGCCGGUCUUGCAGCGUGCCUUCGACGACCGUUCCACGGAGAUUCGGAAGAUUGCGGCGCAGAUCUUUGGCACGUUGUAUAGCCUUGCGCGCAAGGAGGAUCUUGAGCCCUAUAUCCCCCGAAUCUUGCCUGGUCUCAGGGGGUGCCUCCUUGAUCCCGUUCCAGAGGUUCGGUCUGUUACUGCUCGAGCCCUGGGUGCUAUGGUUAAAGGCAUCGGGGAGGCUUGCUCAAAGGACCUACUACCUUGGCUAAUAUCCACGUUGACUUCUGAGCAGUCGUCGGUUGAUCGCUCGGGAGCUGCACAGGGUCUAGCUGAAGUUCUUGGCGGGAUGGGCCUUUCGCGUCUCCAAUCAAUUCUGCCUGAUUUUAUUCGCACUGCGGAGGCCACCAACAUCCAACCUUUCGUCCGUGAUGGAUACCUCAUGCUCUUCAUCUACCUACCCGAGGUCUUUCGUAACGAAUUUUCACCCUUCAUCACUCCUGUCCUCUCGCCUAUCCUUAAAGCUCUUGCUGAUGAGUGCGAGUAUCUUCGUGAAACUGCUUUGAAAGCUGGUCAGCGGAUUAUCGAUCUGUUCGCAAAUGAAGCAGUGAAAUUGUUGCUACCUGAAUUGGAGAAAGGUCUUCUUAGUGUAGAUUGGCGUAUCCGCCAUUCAUCCCUGCAACUUAUUGGGGACCUACUUUACAAACUCUCAGGUGUCUCUGGCAAGGGUACCACAAAAACUGCAGACGAGGACGACACCUUUGGCACGGAUGUGGCAAGUUCGCGAAUUCUCAAAGCCCUGGGUGAGGAACGACGGAAUCGUGUGCUGGCGCGUCUUCACAUCGCCCGCUCAGACCCGACUUAUCUCGUGCGCAACGCAGCCAGUCACAUCUGGAAGAUUGUCGUGGUCAAUACACCACGUACCUUGCGCGAACUCAUGCCUAUUCUUGUCCAGCUACUGCUCACAACCCUCGGGUCUGGCCUCCGCGAACACCAACAGGUUGCUGGUCGUGCGCUUGGUGACCUUGUGCGUAAGUUGGGUGAUCGCGUUCUACCUGAAGUAAUUCCCCAUUUGGAAGAAGGACUCAAUUCGCCCGAUGACAAUAAACGUCGUGGAGUCUGCAAUGGCCUCAUUGAAAUUAUGCGCAAUUGUCAAUCAGAACAGGUAGACCAUCUAACUUCGCCGAUUCGCCGUAGCUUGACCGAUCCGUCGCCAGAGGUCCGCAAGGCUGGUGCUCGUGCGUUCGAUCUCCUCUAUAGUGGAAUUCACUUACGCGCUGUUGAUGACAUCCUUCCUGACAUGUUCGUUCAACUCGACGAUCCCCGCACGAAGGAAGAUGCGCUCGAUGGCAUUCGUCAAUUACUAGCUUUGCGGGGCCGUGCUGUCAUGCCCUACCUUGUUCCCAAGCUAACGCAACCCCGUCUCGACGCCAAAACCUUUGCUUUUCUCGCUCCCAUCGCUGGAGAUACCCUGACUCGCCACCUGGUCCGGAUUCUUCCCUCCUUCUUACAGGCAGCCUCUGAAGUUCCAGCCACCGAAAAGGAGAGUAGCGAUCUGGGCUACUGCACCAUUGUACUCACAUCCAUUGGAGAUAUUACAGGUGUUCGACUAAUUCUACAGGAGUUGAUAAGCGGUCUCUCAUUGACCGACUCGGCUAGUGCCUCUCAAAUUUCCGUUCCUGGUCUAAAACCUAACUCAACGUCAUACUCCACACAAGUGCAUGAACUUCGACAGGCCUUAAAGAGCGCACUCGGGGAGUUCUUGCGAAGCCAGUCCCGCCUCACUCUCGACAAACAGUCAUCACAGCAGCACUCACGCCAGGAAAUUCUAAUCCCCGGUUUCUCCAAGCCCGGCCUCCCUCUGCCUUCGCUUGUUCGUUUCUACGCCGAGUGCAUUCUUCGCGGCCAUCCUGACGCCAAGGAGCCUGCCGCCCAGGGCCUUGCCGAGUGUGUGGCUCUCUCAAGCGGUGCCGCAAUUCAGCCAUGUGUUAUUAAAGUUCUCGGCCCCAUGAUUCGUCUGCUUGGCGAACGACAACCCAGUGCCAUUAAGUCUGCCAUCGUUGAAAGUCUCGCUGCACUCAUUGAGAAGGUUUGUUGCCCGACGUCCACUCGACCAUUCACGCCACAACUGCAGGCCACCUUCACUAAGGCCCUUGGUGACAGUCACAGACAGAUUCGUCUCUUGGGCGGCAGAGGCCUCUCAAAUCUAGCCACAAUGACACCCAAGCUAGAUGUUCUACUUGUUGAUUUAUCGAAUGCUGCAGCCUCGCCGUUCAAGAUAACUCUUCCCAAUCCUCCCGUUACUCCGUCAGUGGGACCUCACGUUCAGGUGCUCGCUGCGGCUGGCGCGUACCCGUGA